AUGUUCAGGCCUGCGGUUGUUCGUCAAACGGUGAAGACCCUCAACCAGAGCUCUCGCCCAGCUGUUACUACUAAUACACCACAAUUAUUCCGCCGUCCUCUCUCUACCACAUUCGUUCGCGCCCAGAAAGACGACAAGAAUGAUCCCCUGGUGAAGGCUACCACAAGAGCUCCUGGAGGUGCGGCUGGAGAGAGCGAGGGAAAAUAUGCGCGUACAGAUGAGAGCCUUGUCGUUGAAUAUCCCGACGAUGCAGACAUGCCUCGCAGCCCUGUUGUCCAGGGUCGUGGAGGAAUGCACUUUAAGCGCACCCUUGCCCAAUUCUCUCUGGAGAACAGGGUGACUCUGGUUACAGGUGGCGCUCGUGGUCUAGGGCUAGUUAUGGGGCAGGGCAUAGUGGCCUCUGGCUCGAAUCUAGCCAUUGUUGAUUUGAACCGAGACGAGGCCCAGGAGUCUGCGCACAAGCUGGUGGAACAGUUUCAGAAGGAGAAUCCUGGAUUGGAAGAAUUGCCCAAAGUUACUGCUCACUACGCCGAUGUCUCAAACCCUGAUUCUGUGAACAAUGCCCUCUCAGAAGUCAUCGCAAAGCACGGCAAGAUUGAUCAUCUUGUCACAUCCGCCGGGUUUACAGAGAACUUCGACGCCAUCAACUACCCUUACGACCGAAUUCAGAAGCUCUGGGGUGUGAAUGUGAACGGCACGUAUUUGUUUGCUACUGGAGUUGCGAAGCACCUGAUGGAGCGCAAGGCUCCCGGCAGCAUUGUCAUGAUUGGUAGCAUGUCUGGUGCGAUCGUCAAUGUGCCUCAACCCCAAGCGCCCUACAACGCCGCCAAAGCAGCCGUCCGCCAUCUCGCUUCGUCCUUCGCUGUUGAAUGGGCUGGACAUGACAUCAGGGUGAACUGCAUCAGCCCAGGAUAUAUGCUGACUGCUCUGACCCGCAAAAUCCUAGACGAUAACCCCGAACUGCGGGAUAAGUGGAUCUCGCUCAUCCCCACCGGGAAGAUGGGUGUACCCGAAGAUCUAAUGGGCGCAGUGACUUUCCUCCUCAGCGACGCGUCCAAGUACAUCACUGGUGCCGAUCUCCGCGUGGACGGUGGCUACACCUUGACCUGA